AUGGCUGCACCCGUGGGAAUAUUACGAAAUGCCAGCCAUGCACAACAGAGUAAAUCUUCAAACUUCAUUACUACAUUUUCGGAUAAUUCAGAUUCGGAACAAGAAGGUAAUAAUAGUACUGAUUAUGGACCAGAAUAUGAAACUGAACCUGAAGGUGAUUUAAAUACUGAAGAAGCGCAAGAAACUUUACAACAUGAAACUUUAAUAAAAGCUGGAUACCUUGCUAAAAAACAAGGGAAGAAAGUAGGGAAUAAGAAUUGGAAACGGAGAUGGUUUGUGUUAAGGUCAACAAAAUUGGCUUAUUAUAAAAGUGAUAAGGAAUAUGAACUCUUGCGAAUUUUGGAUUUGAAUGAUAUUCAUGCGGUUGCUGAGGUUAAAUGGAAAAAUAAUAGAACCAAUGUGUUUGGGAUUGUUACACCAAAACGUGCAUAUUAUGUCCAAGCUGGAAGCAAAAGAGAACUUGAUGAAUGGGUGGACGCUAUAAAUAAAGUCAAGAAAGAAGUUCAGGAUAAUGAAGAUGAUGAAGGAAGUCAAGCUGAUGGUGAAGAUAUGGUGACAAAAGGAAAAAAAUCGACAAAUAAACGCCUCACUGCUCAAUUUAAGCAUAAAUCUUCGGCACCAAUUUUGGAUAAACAGACUCCUAAAUCUCCAGUAAAAGAAACAUCUGCAAUUGAUAUUCCAAAUUCACAGGUUCGAACAACUGAACAUAGUGAAAUUGGAAACUCAUAUGCAUCAAUUUCCUCUUUCACAUCUGGGGGUUCCAUUCCUAAUAUAUCACCGUCACCAUCAAGCCCGGUAAAUGCAAAUUUUGUACCGGAAAGGAAGGAUAGUAGUGAUCCUACUGCUAGUUCUGACGAGGAAGAGGGAGGCUUUGCUGAUGCAACUGGAGAGGAUAACACUAAUGAUGGUCGUGCAAUCCAAAAAGGAUAUUUAUAUAAACUUGAUAGAUAUAAGGAUAAUCGUCCUCAAUUGAACCUUAAUCUUUCGGACAUCCUUGAUGCUAUUGAAACUGAUUCUGUCUCUAAAUCAAGACAGCAUUGUUUUAAGAUAAUUACUCCUAAACGAACUUAUGUGUGUUGUGCACCUAAUGAAAAAUCUCAAGUUGCAUGGCUGGCCGCUCUACAUGUAGCGCUAACCAAAACAAAAGAGAAAUUAAAAGGAGCAGAAUCAUAA